ACGAAAGCAAAGCAAUCAGGAUUUCUAGCCUUCCACUUUCCACGUGCAUCCCCUUCUUCAAAUGGACGGUCAAGUUCAGGCAUUGGAAAAUCUGCAUCUUCAACCAUGUCAAGCUCAACCACCAAUGGAUCCACUAAGAAUUCCACCAAUUCUAUGAGACCUGGAGGUCUAACAGAUGAAGAUAGACGCCUCUUGGCUCAGCUCUGGUCCCAAAUGGAACCCUCUGGUGAUAGCCCACCGCCCCCUCCUAAGCCUCCCCUUUCCCUGGAAUCUCCAAGAUGGAGUGCUGGCGAAUCUUUGGCAGAUUUACCCCCCAGUCCAUUCAGUGAUUGCACUGAACCUGGGUACACUAACGUUCGGGCAGAUGCCAAAUUGAACGCUUACCUUCGCUCUCUUGCUGAAGCUAUUCAAAUAAUUCCCGCAAAUUGUCAAAUGGAAGAGUCUAUUUACUCAACUAUCGAUAGUCCGGGAUCUGUUUCACCACCGACGAAAGGCUUUCAAUCUCCACCUCCUCCACCACCACCACCACCUCAACUACCCUCGAGAAAUGUACCCAGAUCAUCGAAUGGAUGAUUUCUAGCUUUGACUUUGCAAUUCGCUCAUUUUAGUCUUAAUUUGGAAACCCUAAACCUUCCACAUGCUGACGACUCAGAUGCAAGUGAGAAGGAGAACGAGGAACUUCAAGCUGAGAGUGAAAUAAAGAGCCAAGUUCGAAUCCUGCGGCCUACUUCAUAUGUGUGCUCUCUGAAUUCGAAAUCAGCGCCACCGCCACCUCCACCACCAAAAGAGUCACCGAAGCAGAUCCAAUCCACAUCUUCGGGAAGUGGACAUUACCGGGGUCCUCUUGGCAAGUCUCGCAGCGUCGAUCAUACUGAUGCAUACGAGAUGGAGAACGAUGCGAGCAAUGGUUGCUCGGCCAGUGAAACCUGGAAGCCUCUUGACUCGGCCACCCUACUAAACCAACUGGUCCUUACUCUCACCCCUCCCAACGUUGAUCCUCUGAGUGAUGCAUCGAUGCAAGGCGAAGUGCUUAACGCCGUUCAACGGAUGCAGAAUGGAGUUUAUAAAGAGUCAAGCCCUCGAAACAAACCUGACUUCGCGAAUUCGUCUCCGUGUUGCUGCAACGAGAAUGGCGUAGAAAAUGCCGAUCGAGCGCCUUGUUGCCACGCUGAGACCAAAUCGGACACAGAAGACGAUUUUGAGAUGAUCUUUGCCAAUGGCAAGAAAUACAAACGCUAUUUUAAGAGGCAUAUAGUCUUCCAAAAGCAUGUUUGCCGUCAGGUGGUUGUGGCUCCUUCUCUACCAGACGGGAGUGGACCUGAUUUGUCUCGUCAAGUCGUUCAAGGUCCAGUUCAAAUCUGUCGUUUGGAAAAUGGGACUCAAUUGUCUCCAUCCAAAAGCAAAGGUCAACUCUCAACACUUUCCAACAGUGGAGAUUUUCCAUCGUGUUCGACUUCGACUCUACUGAGAGGAGAUGAUUCGAGUAGUUGUAGCAGCAACAGUUUUAACAAUGGCAAACCGCCUGUCGUUCCUACUCCACCGAAUGCAACUCUGUCAUCGGCCAACAAUACAUGCUCAAAGGCAGCUAAUCUAUCAACUUUUUAA